GACAAAGAGACGAGAGACGAGGAAAGGAAGAAUCUGUCCCAGAAGCUCUGAUUUGGCACCAUGGACCACACAGUGGAUAUUAUCUCUGAUCCAGAUCCAUGGCUCAACAAGACAACUGCAAAUAGCACCUCCACUUACACGCCUACCAUGUCACCAGUAAUGGACAAAACCAUCAACAUAAUUAUGAUAAUUGUCUUAUUUGUGACCCUGGUUUCACUGGGAUGCACCAUGGAGGUGUCCAAGAUCAAGCAUCAUAUGAGGAAACCUAAGGGGGUGGCUAUCGCAGUCGUGGCCCAGUAUGGCAUAAUGCCUCUCACAGCUUUUUGCUUAGCUAAGCUGUUUAAGUUGGCUGAAAUAGCAGCCGUGGUGAUUCUGAUCUGUGGCUGCUGUCCCGGAGGAGCUCUCUCCAACAUCCUGGCUCUGGCUCUACAGGGCGACAUGAACCUCAGCAUCGUGAUGACCUCUUGCUCAACGUUGCUGGCUCUUGGUAUGAUGCCUCUCCUGCUCUACCUCUACUGUCAGGGUUUCUCCGACCUGCAGAACGCUGUCCCUUUUGUUGAAAUUAUCGUAUCACUGGUCAUGAUCCUUGUGCCGUGCGGCAUCGGCAUCAUCAUCAAUGCCUACAGGCCGCAGUACUCGAAGAUCAUCACAAAGGUAGGCCUGAUUAUAAUGAUGAUUUUUAUCGUGGUGAGCUUCACCUUAACCAACAUUGGAAUCGGAAGAGUCAUGCUGACUGUGCUGUCUCCUUCGCUCUUGGCCAUCGCUGCUCUCAUGCCUUUGAUAGGCUACUCCUUUGGAUAUGUCCUCUCUGCGAUCUUCAGACUCAGCCAGUCGGAGCGGAGGACCGUUUCUGUGGAAACAGGCUGUCAGAACAUCCAGGUGUGGAUGACCAUAUUGAAGAUAGCUUUCCCCCAGGAAGUGAUAGGCCCUCUGUUUCUAUUCCCAAUGAUCUACGGGUCUUUUCAGGUGACGGAGGCGUUUGUGCUCGUCGUGCUGUUCAGGUGCUACCAAAGGUUCACGAAAAAGGAGAAAGAGACUUACCAGCCUGCAGUCACUGAAGAGGAGCUGAAAGAGACGACUGAGGGGACUGUGUGACCUCAAUCACCACCCAUGUAUUGUACAGCCUACAGCUGACUAAACAAACAGAAAAAUGCGCAGCCGUAUAGCUGGUCUUGAUAUUUAUACUGUAUUGUGAUCUGAUCUUUUUACAAACUCAUUUGAAAACUACAUUUACAUGUCUGCAAUCUUCACACAAAUCCCAAAUAAAAGCACAGCCACGCAAUAUAAUGCAAGAAGGAACAGCAUCCUUUAGUCAGUCGUAACUACGGCCAUAAAAAGCAUGAACAUAUGUGAUUGCAACAUUAUAAUUGCAAACAUGUGCUGCCACUAGUCCAUUGAGAGCUUUUAUUGUCACCAAGAGGGCCGUCUUCGUAAGCUGGAAAACAAAAAACAACUUGGACUUCUUACAGUGGAAGAAUCUCUUUCUUUAGAUCCUUGGAAAAAGCUCAACAAGUUCAAUAAGAAAUAAUCAGUUAUCAUCAGUUAACUAACACAUGUUUUUCCAUUGCAUAAUGUGAUUGCA